GACGGAGAGGGGGACUCGGGGCCACACGCCCGUCCUCGUCCCUCUCCGCGGGCUCCCCGGCUCCGGAAGCGCAGGAGCGAAGCAAGCCGAGGCGUGACAGCCCCGCGCCGGGCCCCCGCCGCCCCGCCAGGCCGCCUCCCGAGGCGCCCCCGCAGACGCCAUACUAAAAGGCAAAAUGGCUGCCCCGAGGAAGCCCGCACCGCGCCGCGACUGAGGACCGGGGGGCCGAGCUUCUGCGGGAAAGGGGGAGGGGCACGCCCGCCGAGCCGUCGCCGGGACCGUCGCCCCCCCCACCGAGCCGCGCAGGUUCAAGUUACAGCCACCAGUUGCCUUUAACACGGGGCAGAAGGAGAAAAUGAUCAAAUUUUUUCUCAUGGUGAAUAAGCAAGGGCAGACCCGGCUCUCUAAGUACUAUGAACAUGUGGAGAUUCGCAAGCGGACACUGCUGGAAACAGAAGUUAUAAAGAGCUGCCUCUCUCGGUCCAGCGAGCAGUGUUCUUUCAUCGAAUAUAAGGACUUUAAGCUGAUUUAUCGACAAUAUGCAGCUCUCUUCAUUGUGGUUGGAGUUAAUGACACUGAGAAUGAGAUGGCAAUUUAUGAAUUCAUCCAUAACUUUGUGGAAGUUUUAGAUGAGUAUUUCAGCCGAGUGAGUGAAUUAGAUGUAUCCUUUUUCAUUAUGGUGAGCCAGGGUUUCCACAGCCUUUGGCAAAGCACAUGCUAAUGUUGAUCAGGUGGUGCUCAGGGGUUACUCCUGGAGAUACUCAGGGGACCACAUAGGAUGCCAGGGAUUGAACCCGGGUCAGCCAAUGUAAAGCAACCAUCUUACCUGCUAUACUAUCACUCUGGACCCUGAUUAGAUGUUUAUGAGAAGGUAAAUUUGUUUUACAUCUUUUUGGUGUCUAUCAUAGAUCCAUAAAUUGCUCCAGCAUUUGGUUUGAACUUAUUAAUUUAUUUUUUGAUCAUUUUAUUGAUUGUUGUUGGAGGGGGACCUAUGAGGCCAGAGAUCCAGUCCAGAGCCUUCACUGCACUCUGCACUUGAGCUAUAUCCCUGACCUCUGACUUUUUGUUCUUUCUUUCAUGUUUACACACCAAGGCACACUAUUUGUAUCUUUCCAACACAUUUGGGUUGGAGUUGGGAAUGUUAGACCUGGCAGUGCUCAGGGAUUACUCCUGGUUCUGUGCUCAGGGAUCAUUUAUCGAGGGGCUCGGGGAGAUCAAAUGUGGGGCUGGGUAUCAAACUCUGAUCAGCCAUGUGGAGGGGAAGUGCGCUACCUGCUGUGCUAUUGCUCUAACCCUUCUUUCCCCCCACCCUUUACCUAGUUACUCUUUGUCUUCCCUUUGUCUUGACUAAAAUACAUAUUUACUGCCCCUUAGAAUUGACUGAAGAAUAUAUCUGUUGACAGAUGAGGAAUUUUACAUCAUUUAGCCAGGGGAACAAAAACACUCUCGCCAGGAAGUGUGUGCUCGACUCUAGAAAGGAUUUCACAUGCAGCUCCAGAGAAGCAAAGGUGGGAUGGACAGUGCCUAUGGAGACACUCUUCUGUUGACAUUAUAUAGUCUCUCACUCAGGCAUCAGAAAAACAUGAUGCUAGAAAUCUGACUCCACUCAGCCUCUUAGAAAGUUCCUUGGCACCGUCAUGUGUCCAGGCCAAAUAGAGGCGCAGUCUUAACUUUGUGCUCCUUCUGCGGCAGCCCCAGAGCUUCCAUGUCCCCACUCUGGUAGCACAGCUACCACUGCACAGAGUUGCAGUGCUGGGAAAGCGUAGGCCUUGCAAAAAAUGAAAAGCACGCUGGUAUCACUGCAGCCUGGAGCCGGUUCUCCAGCACUCAGAACACUUCCAUCAGAGUUUGCUUAGGUUCAGUAAGGUCUUAUCAGUGGAACUGAUGAUUUAAGGUUCUAGUCGGCUCAGUAAUAGGUGGCUGGAAGUCAGAACCUCAGGGAAUUCCCACAGAGCCCUUCAGUUUGCCAUCUUUCUCUCCAGAAACCCUAAUCACUCUGGCCUUUUAAGAAAGGGAUCCAAAAGGAGA